AUGCACCAGCUCACCUAUCCCCACCUCACGCCUGAUCGUAUAUACAUACAAAUGUAUAGAGAGAGAGAGAGAAAUGCAAGGAGUUUAAGAGUUUGGAAAUUCAGAAACUGGUUUUUUAUCUUUGGUUGGAGAAUUUCAGGUUGUCACGCUAUCAUGGGAAACAGUGAGGAAAGGAAGUCUGUUAAACCCGAGAAAUCUUCUUCACCUGCAAUGGACCAGAAUAAUGUUCACGUGUACCCUGAUUGGGCAACUACGCAGGCAUACUAUGGCCACCGAUUUGCUGUACCGCCAUAUUUCAACUCUGCUGUUGCCGCUGGUCAUACUCCACCUAUGUAUAUGAUGGGACUUCCACCACAGUCUAUGUUGCCUCCUUAUGGGGCUCCAUAUGCGGCAUUCUAUGCUCAUGGAGGAGUUUAUACACAUCCCGGAGUUCACCUAGCAGGUUCGUCUUUCAGCACAGACACACAGGCCAAGUCAUCGGGUAAUACAGGUGGAGGCAUGGUGGAGAAAUUGAAAGAAAUUGAUGGGCUUGCAUUCUCAAUAGGCAAUGGUCACACUGAAAGCACUGAAGGUCAAGUUGAUCAGAAAGUUUCACAGAGUGAAGAGACUGAAGGUUCUAGUGACGAGAGCAAUGGAAUUACAGCAGGGGCGGGUCAGAAUGGAAAGAAAAGAAGCCAGGAUGGAAAUCCUAACAACAAAGAUGGAAAGAUUCGGACACAAAACAGUAUGAUUCCCAGCAAAGAAGCUGGUCGAAGUUCUGAGGAAACUGUGGAUGAGAUUGUGCCUGCGGUUAAUACAUCUGAACAAUUGAUAGGAAACGCGACUACAGCAUUGGAACUGAAAAAUACUUCUAACGCAAAUGUGAUGCCCAGUUCAACUAGUGUUCCACAAUCUUGUCCACCAAUGCUGAAUGAAGCCUGGGUGCAGAAUGAGCGAGAGUUGAAACGGGAGAGGAGGAAACAGUCUAAUCGGGAAUCUGCAAAAAGAUCUCGACUGAGGAAACAGGCUGAAACUGAAGAACUGUCUAUGAGAGUCCAAUCACUAACGUCCGAGAAUGUGAUUCUUAAAUCUGAGAUAAAUAAAUUAAUGGAGAGUUCAAAGAAACUGAAGCUUGAAAAUGCUACAUUAAUGGAGAAACUGAAAAAUGCACAACUCGGACUAUCUGAUGAGACGAGUCCAUUUGAAAUUGAUGACUCGAGGAUGAAACCGAUUGGCACAGUAAACCUACUGGCAAGAGUUAACAACUCGGGUUCUGUUGAUAAAAAGGAUGAGGAGAAUAACACGAAUGAGAGAAAGAGCCCCAUAGCAAAGCUUCACCAACUUCUUGAUACAAGCCCCAGGGCCGAUGCUGUGGCUGCUCGUUGA